AGAAAUGGCUGUCAGGCGAAAAAUCAUCGAUAUAGGUGCCAAUUUAACAGAUCUUGUGUUCAAUGGCUGUUAUCACGGUUCGUCCAAACACAAAGAUGAUUACCAUAUUGUUCUGAACAGAGCUUUCAAUUCUGGAUUGGAGAAGAUCAUUGUUACAUCAGGAUGUCUUUCCGACACGGAUGAAGCACUUAAACUGGUGAACCUCAACGAGAAACUUUUCACCACUGUUGGUUGUCAUCCGACAAGGUGCAAUGAAUUCGAAGAUCAAACGAAGGCAGAGUCGCCUGAAAAGUAUUACGAGCUUCUCUCACAGACAAUAGAGGGUAACAGAAACAAGGUCGUCGCGGUCGGUGAAUGUGGUUUGGAUUAUGACAGACUUCAUUUCUGUGGGGUAGAAACACAGAAGAAAUAUUUCGAAAAGCAACUUCAACUUGCCUCUGAUUUCAACCUUCCUCUGUUUCUGCACCAUCGAAAUUGUCAUGAGGAUUUCAGAGAGAUUUUAUCUCGGAGUUUGAAGUUAAUGCCAAGAAGAGGCGUUGUGCAUUCUUUCGAUGGGACUGCUUCACAGGCCGAAUUUUUCAUAGAAAAUGGCUUUUAUAUCGGUCUAAACGGCUGCUCUUUGAAGACUGAAGAAAAUCUAGAAGUUGUCAAAACUCUUCCAGUUGACAAACUGAUGAUCGAAACUGACGCUCCAUGGUGUGAAAUAAAACCAAGUCACGCGUCGUUCAAAUUUGUUCAGACGAAAUUUCCCUCAGUGAAAAAGGAAAAAUGGACGGAAGAUUCGCUUGUGAAAGGAAGAAAUGAACCGUGCUGUAUAGUUCAAGUUUUGGAAGUUAUUUCAGCCGUGAAGAAUGUAAAUAUUGAUGAGUUAGCUGAUAAAGUCUAUAAGAACACGAUGGAUUUAUUUUUUCCAAGUUCUGCUUUUUAAUUUGAAUUCACUUGUUUCGAAUCACCUUUUUCAUGUUUCGAUCAAUUUGGUUGUAUUGUGUCACUGACCGAGA